UCUGCCACUCAAACGAGAGACUUCGACCAAACUUGGAGAAAUUUGGUAAAAAACCUACUGAGAAAUGACUUACCAGGCUUUAAUUUCAGAAGAAGAUCUGCACUGCCCUGUGUGCUUUGAGCUCUUCACCAACCCUGUGGUUCUGGAAUGCAGCCAUAGUUUCUGCCGUACGUGCAUUGACAACUGUUGGAACGGUCAGUUCACAAGAAUAUGCCCUGUUUGUAGGGCAUCAUGUCUCAGUGAAAGGCCACCAGCCAAUUUGGCUCUGCGGAACAUAGUGGAGAAUUUUCGAGUCAGGCAACAGUCCAAUGUAGAAGAGCCAGAACAAUCCAGUCAAGAGAGUCAAGAAAGGGAAUCAACACAGAGUCCAGAGGAGCGCUGUGCAACCCAUGGAAAGAGAUUCUUCUUCUUCUGCGAGGAUGACCAGGAGACUUUGUGUACAGUUUGUCAGUAUUCUAAGAGGCACAAGGACCAUCAGCUUAUUCCACUGGAAGAAGCUGCCAAGGAACUUAAGGAAAUGGUGAGGCUCUCAUUAUGGCCACUUAAGGAGGAUCUAAUGACCUUCCAGACACAAAAGGAUGAGUGUCUGAAGACAACACAGCACAUCAAGGAACAAACCAGACUCACUAGGGAUUUGAUCAAAAAGGAUUUUGAGCAGUUGCGUCACUUCCUGCGGCUGGAGGAAGCGGCACGGAUCUCAAUGCUGGAGGAUGAAGCAGAGAUGAAAAAUGAAAUCAUGCAGGAGAAAUUGGAAGACCUCAGCAAUAAAAUAGUGAGCCUCUCCAACACCAUCCAAAACAGAGAGACAGAUCUGGAAAGAGAAGAUAUCCAGUUCCUCCAGGCUUAUAAAAGCUACACUGACAGUGUUAUCUACAGUCCUCAAGACUCCAAUGUGUUAGCACCAGAUUCUCUUAUAGAUGUUUCUAAGCACGUGGGAAACCUAAAGUUUAAAGUGUGGGAGAAGAUGUUGGGACAAGUGCAGUACAGUCCCAUAAUAAUGGAUCCAAACACUGCAGCUAAAUGGCUGAAACUGUCUGAGAACUUGACCAGUGUACAUUACAGAGACUUACAGUCAGACAUUCCUAAUAACCCAGAGCGCUUUGACCUCUGUGUUUGCGUUCUGGGUAAUGAAACUCUCAGUGCAGGCAUGCACUGCUGGGAGGUGGAGGUGGGGAAUAAGACUAAAUGGGACUUGGGUGUUGUGAAGGAGUCUGUGAGCCGUCAGGGCAUUCUGAACGUCAACUCCGAGUCUGGAUUUUGGGCUCUGGCUUUAAGAGAGGGUGGCCAAUACUGUGCCAGUACAAAACCCUGGACUAAGCUCUAUGUGAAAAGGAAACCACACAGGAUCCGUGUCUGCCUGAACAACAACAAUAAGGAACUCUCCUUUUACGACCCAUUUGACAUGACGCAUAUCUACACCUUUUCACAUCUGCCCACCAAAAAGCUCAUUCCUUUCUUCUCUCCAUGUGUGAGUGACCAGGGAAGCAAUACUGAGCCGCUGAGAAUUGUGCCAGUGAAGGUGGCAGUAACCAUCACUCCAGAACUGGCUGACUGAACAUAUACCCACACUCUCAGAUUAAAAAAAAAGUAAAAAAGUUGUUACUCGGGUGGUACCUUUUCAAAAAAUCUAUGUAUUUUUUUUUAUCCCUAAAUGGUGCAUGUUAGCACCUUAAUUGUACACAUUAGACAAUGGAGUAACUAAAUGGUACAUUUUAGUGCUUAAAAGGUGCAAUUUAGUAACUUUUGAAAGGGUACUGUCCCACCUUUUGUUCCUUUUUUUUCUGAGCUUCUCAGAAAGUUUCUCAGAAAAAGAAAAAAAAUAGAAGCUUUCUGAGCUUCUCAGAAAAAAAACAAAAAGCUUCUGUUGCUUCUAUUAUUACUGACCCCUCUCAUUAUUUGCAUUAUUUCUUUCAGCUUCUCCCAUCAGGUUGUCAGUUUAGAACUCAUUUGGCCAGAAGGAAGGCUUGUAGUAAUUUUUUUUCCUACUGCAAUUUCUAUUCUAAAGGUCAAACAGAUUUGUGUUUUUUUUUUAUUAUUAUUAUUAUUAUUAUUAUUAUAGAGGUGUUUUUUGUGGUUGGGUUGUUGUGUGUGCUUUUUUUGUACUGUGUAUAUGUGUGCCUUUUACUUAAGACAAAUUUCUAUUACUUCUAUAAACCUUCUGAAAAUGAGUCCCUCAGUUGUCUUCAGUGCAAAAGAUGGAUCUCAAAAUUAUACAGCCAAUGUUGGAAAGGGUGCAAAUACACAAAAAUGCUUUUGGGAUUUCAAAGAUUUUUCUGAAGAAUAGCAGGCAGUUUACAAACAAGGGACUCAUGAACAACUAUCACUAAACAAAAAAACACAGCUGUGAAUCACUGAGGUAACAACACAGUAUUAAGAAUCAAGUGUAUGUAAACUUUUGAAUUGGAUCAUUUUUAUAAAUAAACUACUAUUUUCUCUUGUGGACUA